AUGAAAAGAGCAAAGUUGGCGUUCAUCCCAGGUCCCAGAAUAGGGCACCUGGUUUCAGCCCUUCAAUUUUCCAAGCGCCUGCUCCAUUGUGAUGAUCGACUUUUCAUCACAAUCUUGCGCUUGAAGUUUCCCUUAUUUCCAGAUAAUGAUGCAUAUACUGAUUCUCUUGUGGGAUCUUUAUCACGAGUCAAACUCGUUCAUGUCUCCCCAGUUGACCCACCUCCUAAAGAGCUAUUCAAGUCACCAGAAUAUUAUGUCUACGCACACACGGAGAGUCUUGUUCCUCUUGUCAGAAAUGCACUCACAGAUAUUGUGUCGUCUCACUCCAAUUCAGAGACCAGUCAAGGUGAUGUUGUAUUAGUUCUUGAUUUCUUCUGUAUGCCCAUGAUGGAUGUGGCCAAUGAGCUUGGCCUCCCUGCUUAUAUGUUCAUGACUUCUAACCUGGGAUUUCUUAAUGGUGGCUAUUCUGCUCAUGUUAAGCUUGCUCAAAGAUUCAGACAGACAAAAGGGAUUAUAGUAAAUUCCAUUGAGGAAUUGGAGGCUCAUGCUGUUAGCUCGCUGAAUGAUGGUGAAACACCUCCAAUCUACAUGGUUGGACCAGUACUUGACUACAACGGUCAACCUCACCCAACCAUGGAUCAGGUUCAGAAUUAUAGAAUCUUGCAAUGGCUUGAUGAGCAGCCUCAGUUUUCGGUAGUGUUUCUCUGCUUUGGGAGUACAGAAAGUUUUGGCGCUUCCCAAUUGAGAGAGAUAGCAUCUGGACUUGAACUCAGUGGCCAUAGAUUCUUGUGGUCUAUACGAGUUCCACAGCCGACAACAAUAGACGAAAUCUUGCCAGAAGGAUUCUUGGAACGGAUUGGAAGUAAAGGGAUGAUAUUUAAUGAGUGGGCGCCACAGUGGGAGGGUUUGUGUCUCAUUGUGGCUGGAAUUCCAUAUUGGAGAGCUUAUGGUGUGGGAUUCCCAUUGCAACAUGGCCUACUUUUGCAGAACAGCAUUUGA